UCUGACCGCUGUAUCACCAGCCGCCGCCGUCGCAGCCGCAGCCGCAGCCGUAGCUACUGCCGUCGUAACGUGUCGCGUAAACUCUCGUCCAAGUGUGUCUUUGAUCACGCCGAACGAGGAGGACUUGUCGACAGGUUGAUCUGACUCAUCCUGUUGACAGGUCGCAGGUAGUUACUGCCAUUGACGCUUUCUAAACGCGUCAUCGGCUGAUUUCAUGCGCUGCGUCGUGACAGAUUCGCGCUGAUCAUCGCACGUGUUAUUCGGGAUGACGUGAUUAUCUAAAAAAUAUACAGCGACGAGAAGUGAUAAAUUAGUGUAGUGAUCUGGCUGGGCUAGCCGAAAUCGCAACCACUGAUGAUGUUGGAAAUGCGAAAUAAUGUUUAUUGAGUUUAUUAAUAAGUGCUUUUAUUUCUGGUAUAUUAAUGACACUUGUAAAUCAUUAUUAUACUGUCGUAAAAACAUCUUACUGAUCCGAAUGUUUGGAACAAAAGCAUAUUGUCGAUAAAGACAACUCGGAUCGAAUUUCAGUCAGGACAAUUUACUGUUUGAGCCAGUGACAGCAGUGCCGGUACUUCACGUGCUUCACGGUUAAUGUUUUGAUAGUCAUCUGACAAAAGCAGUGCUAGUACAAGACCUACUAAAAAUAUGUUUAGGAUGAAAAUCAAUAUCGUUUUUACAAAUAACAACGAUGAUCAGGCCUUAGAUAUUUUAAGCGUGGACAAGUCGUACAUUGGAUAGUUAAAUUUUAAAUUGAAGUACUGCUACAAGAACGUGUACGUGACUGAAACUCCUGAAUGAGUGUAGUGCAUUCUUAAAAGUAUCGUGUUUUCAAGAACUCGAAGACAUUGACUGGAUCUCACGUGAAGGCGAGGGAAAUAAUGUUGACUAGUAUACAGUGAAUGUCACAAGUUGUAAUUUCGUGUUAAGACCGUUAGAAACAAGCAACCGUGAAUGUUUCUUGGUUAGGGGACUGAAUUGAAUUCCAUCAUAACACUUCGAAGCAAUAUUUUGUCUUCAAAGUAUUCUGAGUGAUGAUAGUCGACGCAAGUUGCUAAGUUAGCAGCAAACGACCUCCUACUGUGUGGAACGGAUCCUUCAUCGAGAGCAGAAAUCAGCAGGUGACCACGUUGGAUCUCGCGGCGUUGACUGCCUACGGGGGCGUUUCGGGACCCAGGGUCGCGGUGGCGGGCACCGGGGUCCUUGCGCUACCCUGCUUGCUACCCGACAAGGGUUUAUCAUCGCCCGGAGGCCAGUCGAAGCCAAAGUCCGCAGGGCUGGCGGGUCUCGACAGCGAGGCGGUGCGCCGGUGGGUCGCGGAGGCUACGCGAACCGUCCGGCAAAUCCCGCCUUCGGUAGUAGUGUCUGCGAGUUCUCCACAACAUCAACAGCAACAUCAUCGUCAGCCGCAACAGCAGCAUCAGCACCAUCAUCAUACUACCCACAGGCAGCGUCAGGAACCUAGCCCACCGUCCGUGGGACUCUCCCCUUUCGUUCUACCAGUAUCGAUGACGCAGACCCCCAGUAUGCGUCUGCUGGAGAACAACAACUUGGUCGAAGUUGCCAUGGCCCAGCAGCAACAACAGUCUCAGCAGUCGACACAAAAACAAAAGCAGACAAGUCCCACAAAUAAUAACACCAUAGAAGCCUGGAGAUCGAUUCAGGGCGGGCAUCAGUGGUGGAGUCCGCCCAGUAGUAUUCAGCAAGAACAACAACAGCAACAGCAACAGCAACAGCAGCAGCAGCAGCAGCAGCAGCAGCAACAGCAGCAACAACAACAAGUAGCGUCGAUUGCACAGGUUUCUCAACCGCAAAGUCUGGUGGUCGGAUCGGUAUGUGGUCAGGUGCAGAAGCAUCAGCCGCAAGUGCAAUCGGAAAUCGAUCAGCCACUCGACUUCUCUGUUGGUUCCCUGCAGCAACAGAGGCUGUAUUCGCGCGUAAGGACUAUGCACGAGAGACUUCAGGGUAAGAUGCAUGACAACAACAACGGAACGAGCGGCCAAAAGAUCACCAAGGGAGAUGUUAGCAGACGAAGCUAUAGCCCCAGUGAAGCUAGCACCAGUAGCAGCGAAGACGAGGGUGUCUCUACCGGCGGCAGUCCUACGGGACCUCUUCGAGGCGCCUCAGAUUCGUGCGAACCCGUUGCGGAGCGACCUUACGGUAAAAUCUGGAUAGGCGACAAUGACGUCUCGUGGCGAACGGACCAGUCUUUCAAGAGGACAUCACCCUUAAAUCCCUGUGCCACGACGACUACCACGACGACGACAAGCGGUGGGCCACUGACACAUCCUCACCUGUCGCCACCCGUAACCACCCCCGAUCACAGAAGCCCCAGUAGCGUGCACGCGAAGCUUGGCAUCUCACCCGGUAGCGACGCGCUCGGCCGAAUCGAUAAGGAGCCAACCUCGCCAGAAUCCAUACAAGACGCAGACUUGCACGGCGACGUCGAUGGUCCUGAACUCAGCGGAGAUGAUAGAAGUAUCGCAAGUGACAUCCAAGAUGCCACCGAGGCGCAUCUUGAUAAUGACUCCAUGGACUCGGAUAGGGAAGCUCUCAAUCUGGUCACGGAUGUCUCGCAACGUAACAGUAGCAGCGGUACCAGCGGCAGCGCAUCCUCGCCGAGUUCCGGAAUCAGCAGUCAGCUCACGGGCAGUCAUCAGCAACAGCACACGCCCGGCCAACAAAACAACAGCAGUUCGCAGGCUGCACUGACCGCUCAAAUUAUUAGCCAACAAUUGCAAAUGAUGCACGGUUUAGGGUCCCAGGAUAUUCAAGCGCUCGCGUCGACGCUGCAGCAUCAUCAGCUACAGCAACUACAACAGCAACUACAACAAAUCGCGAUGUUUCAGGCCAAUCCGGCGGGACAGAUUCCACCGUUCUUUUUGCAAAAUCAGGGGCUGUUGCAGAGCGGUGGCUACCCAACAAGACCGAGUCAUCCGCGCUCACAGUCCAUGCAGGUGCAAGCGGCAGCGCAGUUACUACAGGCAACUAAACAGCAGGCUCUUCAGAAUAGCGGCAAUUUGGUCGGGCGAAGUUUGGCGCAGAGAUCAUCGCCACCACCCAGCACACCGCCAGCAGUAAAACCGUCAAGAUUAGAACCCUCGCCAGAGGAAACAACGGACCUCGAAGAGCUAGAACAGUUUGCCAAAACGUUCAAACAAAGACGGAUCAAGCUUGGUUUUACUCAAGGUGACGUCGGACUUGCCAUGGGCAAACUCUACGGCAAUGAUUUUUCCCAAACAACGAUCUCCAGGUUCGAAGCCCUAAAUCUUUCUUUCAAAAACAUGUGCAAGCUGAAACCAUUGUUACAAAAGUGGCUAGAGGAUGCCGAUAAUUCAUUGAACAAUCCCAAUUCUCUGUCGAAUCCACUUACGACACCGGAAGCGAUUGGCAGACGGCGGAAGAAGAGAACGUCGAUAGAGACCAGUGUGAGAGUGGCCCUCGAAAAAGCUUUUAUCCAAAAUCCAAAGCCCACGUCCGAGGAGAUAACCAUAUUGGCGGAUAGUCUUGCGAUGGAAAAAGAAGUAGUUCGUGUGUGGUUUUGUAACAGGAGGCAGAAAGAAAAGAGAAUCAAUCCACCAACGGCUGCGAUGGGCAGCCCGACGAUGACGUCGCCGGCGCCGGCUUCAGUGUUCGCUUCCCUUACCAAUUCUAUCUCUGGCAGUCCUCUAGCGCUCACAACGCAUUCUUCCAGCACCGGCCACUCGCAUCCUCAUCCAGCACCCAUACCUCUUGCUUUAGUAACCUCGUCUGGUGGCAAUUAUCAUCCGUUGAACAACAAGUCUCACGAGUGACAUCAGCAAGUCACCCAUCAAGGGGACACUCUCUAUCAUCAGCAUCAGCAAUCGCAUCAGCAACAGCAACAACAACACCAUCAUCAACAACAAGCACGACGCUUAUGCAACCUACCGGAAUUCUAUCAUUAGCCGAUGAUCCGAUUUCUUGAAGCUAUUAAUCGAGGUAACAUUCGAAAUAUUGGAUCUUGAUCUAGAAACGAACUUCUUUAUUUUUUGUUUAUCAGUAUUGAGAAUGAGUUAAUUUAUCUAUUCUUGAAUUUCUCUUUAAUCCCAGUUUAUAUUUUAAUAUUUCAAUUAUGAGAAGAAAAUCAAGAUUAGACAAGUUAACUCGGUAUUUAGUAUCAUUGUAUGAUAUCAAAUUGAAUUCAUAUAUAAUAUACAAAGAUAAAAGAAAUAAAGAAUUUAUGAAAAAAAUCACGAAGAGCAUCCGGAUAAAGACAGUGGUAAUCGAUUUUAUAAACGAUUAAUUGACAACUGAUUGAACGAGAAAGAGAGAGAGAGAGAGAGAGAGAGAGAGAGUAUAAAUGAAGUGAAAUAUUAUGAAUGAUACAAAUAUAAAUCCAUCGUUGAUCAUUAAACCAUCCGCAGUUAUAAGCAUUUAAAGGGUAUACGAAGACACGCUACGUAUUAAAUAUACCAUGAGUAUUAAUCUGCACUUUUAAGUAUACGGAGAACUGAUCAGUUGAACGCAUUAAUGUACAAUUAAAAGUGCACAUUAAAAACUAUUGUAUAAACAUUCAUAUAAUGACAUAAGCUUAGUGUAAACAAUUAAACCUGAUAAAUGUUCAGCAUAAGUUAUUACAAUUUUUUUUUUCAUGUCAUAUGCUGCACAUUUCAUCAAUUAAACGCGUUUAUGUUUAUUAUAUUUACACCGAUAUAGAUAAUAUAUAACACACAUUUUAAUUUGUAAUAGUGCAAAUUAAUAUAUCCAGCCGCGUACAAAUUUGUUGUAAGAUUUUUUUCUGUGUACGAUAAAUAUGAGAGAUUAUUAUUAUUAAGACUUUUUUUACAGCAAAAUAUCUUUAAUUUUACGUAAUUUCAUACGCUUCAAAGAUCAUGUAAAAUGAAAUAUAUAGCGAUAGAUUUUUUUAUUUAAAAAUUAUUUAACAAUGAACAGAAAUUAUGUUUCUCUGUAAACGAAACGGACUGACUUUAAUGCUUACAGAUUAUGUAUAGAAAAAGUUGGACAAUUUGUAAUUGUAACAUAAUCGGUGUUCAUAAAAAAUAUUCCAAGUUAUGUUUUGCAAAUAAUUGCUGAAUAUAUCCAAAUAUUCUUUCUCACAAAUACAGAAUGUAUUUUGUGUAAUUUUAUGUAAGUUUUACAGGAUUAUUUCUGAUAUAUUUUAAUUACGUUUCAAGAGAUGACAUGACAUUUAACAACUACCUCUUUUUAUCGAUUGCCUUUUUUUCAUAUGCUUUUGCACGUAUUAAUUUUAAAAAAUUAGUCAAUUGCGAAAAAAAGCCCAUUAUUUGCUAUAUUUGAUAAAAUCAUUAAUCAAUUUGAUUACAGCUUUAUUAAAAAUUAUAAUCAACGAAUAAAUUAUUGAAUUGAUUUGUAUUAAACUCUAUUAAUUCUCUAACUAACCGUAUAAAAAAUAACUACCUCGCCAUAUAGAUGCGACUUGUUUUGAAUGAUUCAAAUUGCAAUAAAUCAAAGAUAAAAAUUAUUUUGUUCGUUUUUCUUUAUUGUUUUUGUAUACUUUUUUAAUUGUAUACUUUUUGAUGAUAACUUUGGAUGAUAUUUAUUUGAUGGCGCCUUUGCUAUUCCGCAAACAGAUAGAGUUGGUGGUGUCUCACUGAUGAAAUAGCGAGAUCCGACAAUACAAUUGUACAUAUAUACAUACGUAGACGUGUCUGCAUCGUAUCGUACAUAUCUGUGUCACAGGGCUGUAUAUAUUAAUAAUACUUUAAUAAUAUUAAUACUUUAAUAAUUUAAGGCCGAAUGUUACCGAGGAUGCGAUGCGAAAUGUUCGCGUGCGGUGCCGAAUUUCUGCAACGUGAGUAGCAGCGCUGAGCACAUCCUUGAAGAAGAAUUUUCGUGACAAUUAUGAACGAUUGUUAAGCGGUAGUUAGUAAUAUUGUAGAUAACGCGGUACCUAGGUAAUACGUAAUGUAUAUACGAUCAUAUACACUAAAUGGCGAAUUAAAUGUAAGCGUACGCACAUUCGUAUAUCGAGAUGGAUGCAGUGGAGAUUCGGGCGCUUCCGACAUUUUAUGUUAAAUAUAUUUUUUUGUGAAAGUACAGGACACGUCAUGUAUUUUUUAAUGCGAGUACUUUAAUAUAUUUUAAUAUAUAUAUUUUUUGUAUAUAGUUUUCUUUGGUAUAUUAGAUAGAAUUUUUCGCACUCCGCUGUGACUCUCGAUUUGCGCUCGCUACGAUCGAUCCGUUUCCGCUAACACUUCGGUGAUUAAUUAAGGGCUAUGAUUUUAGAUUAUAGGCCAGGAAAAGUGAUAUACCAAUUAUAUACUUAUUCCUAAAAUCCUUGCGUGUGUAUAGAUUCCAUUAUCAACGUGAAGAAUUUUGCGUAAAAAUGUAUACAUAUAUAUAUAAAGUAAAUUUUAUUGUAAGUUCACCAACAUUACGCAAGUUAUCGACUGUGCAUCAUGUAGUAUAUACAAAAUUCAUGGUAUAUACGUACAUCUGCAUAUAUAAUGCAUAUACGUAUACAUAUGUGUAUAAACGAAUUGUACAUAGUAGAACUUAAAUAGGAGAUUGCGGAUAAUUAAGAACUAGCAAUGUGUACUGUUAUCAUCAUUAUCAUCAUGUCGUCAUUAUCAUUAUAUUAUUGAGAUCACUGUGUAGUUACAAUACACACUACUGUUGUUAAUAUCGCUUGUCAUAUAUUACAACGCGACUUUUUACAUACAGACAGUGUUUUACUUUUCUAUAACUGUAUUUACACAUGAAGGAAGUGCUGUCAUUAUUUGAUAAUUUGCACGGCUGUCACCGCAUUGUUACGUUGUGCUGCAAAAUAGUUCGAAAUGUAACAGCAGUAUUUUGAUAAGUGCAAACUUUAAUUACGUAGUUUUAAAAAAUUGUUGCUUUAACAAAGUUUUCAACAAAGUUGCUUUUAAUAAAUAGUUAACAACAGAGAGAAACUUCGCGGAAGUUUUAUACAAAUGUGUUAGAAAAUUUCUUUACGUGAAAAUCAAGUCAAACUGUUAGAUCACGUGUGAGCAACAAAUCGACAAGCCUUUUGUCUCAUUUCAUACUUCAUCUCAUUUUUAUCUUUAAACCUGAACUCCCAGAGUUGUGGACCAAGCUGUAGCGAAAACACACUGUCGACAAAAACACGCGCACGCGGACAGAGGGUCGAAUUAUACUAAGAAUAAAAAGAGAUAAAAAGAGAUACGCAAAUAAAAACAGUUCCUAAGAUCGCACAUCCGUUGGCAGGUGCGCGGACGACGAUGAGUGAAAAGAGGACAGGGAGGUAGAGAAUAAAGCUCAGAAUAUAAUUCAGAAGGAAAUUCGAAACAGGAGAUAGUUAUAUAAGAGAGUCAUAAAGACAGAGAAACGGUUAUUGAUUUUUGUUUGUCAGCCGUUUAUGAAUAAUUAACAUGAUAAUGAUAUAGAGAUAAUGAUGUAGAGAAUUCCCCUCCUCUCCUCGCUACGGCAUCAUCGUCAGCUGAUUAUUCGAUCAAUAUGUUUGCUAUAAUGCGUUUGAUAGGCGUGAGUUGAAAAUAGAAUGCAUUUUUAUUAUAUUAGUUAGUCCGUCAAUAAUUAUUAUUAGUUAUUAUUAUUUCAUUAUAUUUUAACUUUUAUUAUUUGAGAAUAAAAGAGCUAGAGAGCUUUCAGUUACAGCAGCA